CCUGGUUACAACCGUAAACGGGUCCGCUUUGUGGCGCACGUGUACUAUAAGCCUGCCACAAAUGCAUCCAGAAUGUCAUCGUAAGACUAGUUUGACGAGGUGUCUGCGGUGCACUUGAGGCCUGAACUGCCAACGUCGACAAUCCUGCACCUGUCUGUGCGCACAGUGUAGAUGUACAACGGACGUUGUACGGACGCGAGCAACGGCAACAUUCCUCUCGACCGCGGGGAAAGGUGCCUCCGUUGCCCAUAUGUAUCAACGACGGACGUGCACACACUGACCAGGCCCAUCGACACCCCGGGGCCCCUCAGACUCUCGAGCCUCUCGAACAGGAAGAGAGUUCCCCGCGAGGCACAAACCCUGCACAAGGCUUUCACGCCAGGGCAGGGUACCGCUCCCUGAGAUACACAGUCUGUCCGGAUUCUGGAGGACCAACCAGAGCCCACUAUCGCGUCUGUCUCGCACCUGCGCGUAGGACUUUACCCUGAGACGGCAGCCCGAGACACUGCGUAGCCCAGGGCGCAGAAGUUUGACACAAUGAGUCCAAAUCUUCACUGCGACAUCGACUGAUGGGUCCUUUUCAAGUUCGAGCGCUGUAU